ACAGGCGUCAGCAGCAGUGUGGCUCACACCAGCCGACGGAUGACGUGCACGUUUUUGGAGCAGAGAGUGAGCUAAAACGGCAGGAAAGGCCCAUGGCACUGAGGCUCCUUUAAAUAAAUCCACUCGCCUUCUGCGGUGCAUCGAGUUCGGGUGAGGGAGAGAAAGUGAAAGAGAGACAACGAGAGAGAGAGAACCGCAGUCCAGUAAACAACAACACGCUUGCCCCGAGGUUCGUUUCUUUUUUCAACCUUUCGUCAUUGCGGCCUCAGCUGAGGAGUGAUCAGACAUGUACGGCGCUUCUGGCGUCCCCGAGCUGAUCCAGCCCGCGGGGCCGCCCCUGCAGCCCGGGGCCCAGCACGGCCAAGGCAGCGGGCCCAAUGCUCCUAACCCCCAGCGGCUUGGCCAGAGAGCCCCCAAGCUGGGACAGAUUGGGCGCUCCAAGAAAGUGGACUUGGAUGACGAAGUACUGGACGACAUCAUGAACAACAACGGCCAGUGUCCCGUGUCUCUCCCCAUGUCCUGAACCGAAAGACCUCCUCCCCAGUGUCUUCAUCCAUCUCGGCCCACGCUCGUAUCCAAGCGAUGGUGCGACAAAGCCCACAGAGGGCGCCGGUGGAAGCCUCCACCCUCAGUGUAAAAUACAGCCUGUUGAUUUCACCUCAUUUUAGACUUUGGAUGGGUCCGCAUUUUGUGGGAGGUCUACGGCGACCUGCCCCGACUGAGCUUCUCAAAGAGUUCCGCUGAGAAGAUGGUGGUUUCGCCUUCACGGCAACAUGUUGUUUGAUGGUCGUGUGCUUACUGUAUAAUCCACUGGAUGCAAGCUUGUUAUUUAUGACAUCAAAAUAAUGACUGAUUUUAUUUGUUUAUUUGUACAAUGUGAAGAAAUGUGCUUUAAAACAAACCAAAACAAAAAUCAUUUCCAAUUGCUCGUUUGUCAAUUUUGAAGUUGUUUGCACUUUGUGGGGAUGCCCGUCACGCGUGUUCUUCGCAUGGAGACUGUGAGAGCAUAUCCUUGAACUUGGUAUGUUACCUUUUAUAAGGGCUACGUCGUCGUACUUUGACACUGCACCGCUGUUGCCUGCAUGCUGAGAGGGAAAGUGGCAGGAUGAACCUGUACAGUUGUGAAUGUCUUGACUCCAUUGUCAUGUUCCCGUCGAUACACUGGAAGUUACAAUUUACACAAUGAGCUCGUGGAAACAGGCUUGCGAUUUGCUGAGACAAUCACACACUGACAAAAGAACCAACUGACUGUAUUAUUAUCGUCAUUAAUGUCCGUAGAUGCUCAUGCUGGUAUAAUGUGAGGUGUUUUU